UCCCUCCAUGGCCAUGGUCAACAUGCACGUCACGCAGGGCGAUAAAGUCACCAAAGAAGAGCUAUCACCAACUGGGAUGCCUCGGUGCGUUGUCAGGCAAGACAUACUUGAAGUGUACAUCAACCACUUCUCCAUCUGUGAAAUGUUCAUGGUAAUUUCGGACUAUUUUCUUGGAAAGCGAGUCGCUUCGACGCCCUACCUUCCCAAAUCACUCAGCCGUCUACAACCGCAAUGCUGCCACCUUCGUUUGUACAAUGACACCCCAGGCCUUGAAGACGUAAUUGGUACUGAAGAAGAAAAGCUUGGUUACGUCAAAAUGGCACCGACCAAGAAAAUAUUUGUCCUUUGGGAGAAGGGAGAACUCAAGAUCAAAUGUGACGUAAACAGUGGUCACGUGACAGAAAGUGAAAAGGCUGUGUCACUAGACGAAAUCUACAGACUGGAUAGAAAUGUCGUCAAUUUCUUAGUGAAAGCGACCAGUAACUCUGAUGUAUAUUUUACUUUCCAUUUCCGGCCGCAUUGUGACGAUGGUCAUGCCUUCAAUGCUAAAUUCGGUGAUAUAACUGACGCUCCAAAAGGUCCUCUCUCUUCACCCGAGUCAGAUGGUGCAACGUUUUCGGGGAGCCCAAAUGGGGCACAAACCAAAUCAGAGUCAUCCUCAGCCUCCUCAAAAAGGCUGGAUGACAAGGUUCUCUACGAUCUCGCCAACGAAAUCGAAAACGAUGACCAUCUUGAUAGGCUGAUGCAAGCUCUGAAAGUCCCCCCAGGGGCGCAGCAACGGUGUCACGAUCUCAACAGACUGGAAGGCCAGGUUACCGCCAGAGGAACCCAUAGAAUGUUAAUGGACUGGAGAGCCGAAACGGCAGUUGCAGAGCAACAUGACAGGCUGAAGGGAGCCCUCACCGAUGCCAAAUUAUUGGAUUUAAGGGAUAGAUUCUUCUCCCUUGAAAUCACCUGAAUAUUGAAUACACUACUUGUAUAUGGUCAGAGAAAUGACCACUGCAAAUUUAUAAAUGUGUAUCAUAUUUUUAUGAUAUUGUAUUGACCAGAAAAACAAAACACUGGCAAAAUUGUAUGGACAGGAUUAAGCCAGUCUUUUUUAUGGUUUCUUGUUUUGCAACAUUUUGCUUUGUGUACAUUCUUGUAUUCACGUAUUUAAAAGAUAGCAGUGCAGACAUGGAAAUAGAAAUAUAAAUUUAAGUGAUCAUUUACUGCGCUGUUAUAGGCCUAUGUAUUUAGGUUUGAGUACUCAAUAUGUAUUUUGUAUUCCUCCAGUCAGAGAAAGAUAUUAUAAAUCCCCAUCCCCCCCCCCCUUUCUCUCUCUCUCUCUCUUUGACACACACACACACAUUCGCGCAAUGUAUAUUUUGAAAGAAUAUUAUUUAUAUUGUAAAUAACGGGGAUCAAUUUUCAUUUGUGUGUCGUUGAAUGCUGUAAACAUUUUACGCAAUGCAGGCGCGGAUCCAGAGUUGAAAUUUUUCGGGUGCUACAGGAUCCAGCAUUAAAAAAAAAAGGAUGACACAUUUUACCCGUUCAUGGGCGGAAAUCCCAGGGGGACGGGUGGGGGGAGCCGCGUCCCCCUACCCAAAUAGUAUGGAGGACAUAAUUUCAAAUGUCCCCCAAGUAUCUUUGGCAUUUUAUGAUGGAAAUAAAUAAAACGUUUAGUUAGGUCGAGAUGGCCUGCUUUUCAAAUUUAUUUUUGUCAAAAUUAGCCUACCUUAUAAAUAAUGGGAUGAUAACCUUUUUUUUCUCGUCAAAUUUCAAAAUGGUAACCCGUUGAGAAAUUGACAAGCAAAAUAAAAAGGUUUUCACUUAAACACUAGGUCAUUAAUUCGCUCGCAAAAACACCCCCCCCCCCCAGCUCCGGAUCUGAGCCUGCAAUGUGUAAAUAUUCAUCCGUUUUUUGUGUACGCCUAUCUCAAGCAAUCCUGGAUUCGGAAUAAUCAGUAAAUUAUAUAAACACAGGCAGAACCACCUACUUAUUAAAACUAUCGUAAAAAAAAAAUUUGGUUGCGGUUGCUUUUAUUUAUAUGUAUGUAUAUUUCUGUGCAAUUUGUAGAUAACAAUCAAUAUUUGAAUUAUAUAUCAAAACGAACAGCAGGUCGGUAAGAACUUUUCUCAUUCAAACUGUCUCGUGCAAAAAAAAGUUAUUUAAAAUGUUGUGAUUGGAAAUAUAUGACACCUUCGGGUUCGUGGAUAGAACAUUUCAAAUGUAAAUAGUCGGUAUUCCAUAGAAGAAAGGUGAAUGGCGUACUAUUCUAAAACUAUCAUACUAAGUCCUUUUUACGCCUAUAUAACCAAUGACCGUACAUGCAUGCAUCAAAUAACCUGAAAUGAAUUAAGCAAUGGAUAUCGCUAUUGUUUAUGGACCAUGCACAACGCUGAUGUAUUACACUGUAUAAACGCUGUUUAAAAUUUUAAGCACGUUGUUUAAGCCCGUCACUCUACUUUUUAAGCAACUGUUUAAACUUUUCAAUCAACUGUUUAAAUUCGUUUUUUUAGCAAAUUGUCCAAAAGUUUAAACAAUUACAAAAAAAGUUUAACAACAGUUGUUAUGGUGACAGGCUGAAACAACGCGUUUUUUUUAUUAUUUAUUUUUUUUUAUUGUGCAUAAGGGAUACAGAUUGUACGGUGACGUACUGACGUUACAUAGAUCUUUAACAUUUUAGUGUGUAUGAUUUUUUUUCUUACAGUUGGAAUAAUACGUUCUUAUUAAUUCGCUUACUAGAAUGAUAUCAAAAUCAUCAUUACAUUUUUUACGAGGCUUACGGACGUUGUGGGAAGUUGUCGCAAAAAAUGGCACAAUGCAAAUUCAGUAAAGUCUGUAUUAGUAAAUCUAUGACGACAAUUAUUAAUUGACUCCAGAUAGCGAAAUCCUUGGUAAAACGCGGGAGUCGUUUUUGGUUUCGUUCGACAAUUGAUUGUCUUUUUUUAUAUUUUAUUUUGCUUUUCUACACCACUAUACCACUGCCCCCCCCCCCCCAUCCUUUCCUUACCAUAUCAGCCUACGGACUUAGUAUAAUGUUCUUGUGUGUCUUCUUUACAAUGACUUAUAGUCUAAUACGUGCAUUAAGGGUUCAUACAUGGUUUAUCGAAUCUUUAGAUAGAACAAAAAUAUGCUACUUCAUCGAAAUAAUAUGGCAUUAUAGUUUUUGUGUAUAUUUGUUACUCCAGGUAUUUUCCGAUAUUCACUGGUUUUUGUUGAAUUUGGAGAAAGGCGGGGGCCUAGAAACGAUUAUUUAAGAGGAGAUGUAACGACUAACUACUUUUGGUCCGAAAAAUGACAAGCCCAAGAAAAAGACAAACAAAAAACCAGCAAUUAUACAAAUCAUAUUUC